CUGGAGCACAGGACUCAGUUUUCUCCGGUCUGCAUGGCUGAAUGCUUCACUCCUGCUAUUAUUACCAUUACGCAGAAUAAUUACAUCAGCUGCGGUCACUUCCAGGCAUCGAUCUGCAACUCGAAUCAAUCCUCUGGAGACCAAAGGAGAUGAAAUGGUGAUCUGUGGGAUGGAGUGUGAGGGGAAAACCUGACUUUUAGUCACUAUGGGUGUUCCAGUCUGUGGAACCGUGGUACAGUUCCUGGUAUAGCUACAUCUCUUCCUACACGGCUUUUAAAGUGCUCUAAUGAGAUUGAGAGUGGCAAGUGGAAAAAAAACGUAAGGAUGCUACGCGCGAGGAACGGGAAUUUGAAGAUGCGCUGCGCGUGCAACGCGUUUCUAAUUAAAGACGCGGCGAUGUAAGGCCACGAGGGACGACCGCUUUCGUCCGCGAGACUCAAUAAAUUGACGAGAGGGGACGGCGAGUGAUUCAAGAAGAGCGGCGCGCGCUCAGUGUCCUGAAGGAGCUGUGAAGAGUUUUCCUCAAGUGUGGGAAACAUUAGGAAGACUGGAGACUGACCGCGGACACUUCCCACGCUUGAGUGUAAUAAAGGACGUAUUUCUUGAAAGGAUACGACACUCUCUUUUUUUCAUAUUUCUGGCGUGGGUUCAUAUAUAUAGGCACUGUCACGCGAAAUACAUCGCGCACUUUGUACAUCUUAAGCUGUCAGAUAGCCUUCAACAGGAGCGUCCACAGACUGUGAUCUCGAGGGUUGUGAGCAGCGCGCACUCUGGCUGCAGGAGCGAUGCGCGCGCUGCGGACUCCAGUGCUAGUCACGGGGCUCGUUUUGUUAAUCUGCACAACAGUACACAGCAAUGCCAUUGGUAACAAGAGUGAAAAAGGCGAGAAAUUCUGGUUCAGACGGAUUAUGGACAUCAUGAGUAAGGUGGAAAACAGUGUUGAUGACGGGAGCCUGCAAACCACCUCAAAGGACUCUCAUAAUCUCAAAACGAAGACUGGGGAACGAAUUUUAGAAGUCUUUCCCAGAGACCUCAAGAAAAAGGAGAGGAUUAUACAACAUUUAACAGGUCGUCUUUAUUUCGGUCCAAAAUGCAGGAAGCAUGUCUAUAGAUUGUAUCACAACACGAGAGAUUGCACCAUUCCUGCAUACUACAAGAGGUGCGCGCGGCUCUUGACGCGACUAGCAGGGAGUCCGAGAUGUCAAGAGGGUUAACUUUACCAGCAGGUUGAAGCCAAACCAGAGUGACCCAGAACAUAAGCAGUCAAAGUGCCUUUUGGACAAGAGAAGAGAAUUCAAACCAACACGCAACAUUCCAGCACAUCUCAUCCAGAACACAGCUUUGCCUCCAGAGAAUUGAUCUAGACAGGAAUUAAGGCAGAAAAUAUUGGGAUGCACUUGUCUAAGGACAUUACAAUGGACUUGACUUCCUAUCAAAUCCAAGGUGAAACCUGCGAGACGUCUAAGAGGAAAGCAUCUCAAUGGGUUCUGAAAAGAGAAACAUUUCACUGUGAAAAGAAGGGAUCGUCUUCGUUUUGCAUCUUGUUGGAAUCGGACAAUGAGAUUCGUCAAAGCUGAAGUUUUCACAUGACGCGCCUCUGCAGGGGUUACAUGUCAGAUUUUGUUCGCUGCAGCAAGACGGCUUUCGUUUUCUCGGUGCUCGCACUGGAAACCUGCAUGAACAUUUUAUUUCGCCUCCGUCUGCCAGCAGCAGAUUAAUGAGACAGGUAGACAUUGCCGCCAAUCUGUGACCAUAAGCUUUUUGUAUUUGGUGCGAGAAUACGAGUGUGUGGAAUAUAGUCAGUAUAUUUUGAUGUAAAGAGACCAACAAUAAUAAUAAUAAUGUGUAAAUAUUGUACAAAUGAGACCUAUUACAAACAUACAGGCAUCUGACGUACGAUUGGUUCGUUGGGAUGUGUAUAUUUAAAAGAAAAUAUAUUUAAAUAAAUUAUGGUUGUUUAAA